AUGGACCGGUUGACAUUAUCUGGCAUGCCAGUAUUUGACACCUUGCAGCCGAGAGGCGAGGAGCGCACUUACAACAACCCUAUGAUGGAUUGUUCAAGCAUGGAUGAAUACCUAGAUGUCAUGUCAGCUCAUGACCAGCUGAGAGAUGGCAAUAGAUUGAAGACGGUCCACUUUCAAACCGGGGAUGACCACCGGUCAUUGGACUUGGGUUUUUCUGAGUCAGAUGAUGACCGGAUAACCAACCCUCACAACCACCCACAACCGAACAUGUUGGAUAUGCAAUUCCCCACCCUGUCUGACGAUGAACAGUCAAAUGGUGAGAUGUUAGAAUUGGGGUUUCCUCCAGAGUCGGACGUUGGAGAUGUGCUAGAUUUGGGGUUCGAUAUCGAUGUCAGUGAUCCGGCCGGACACACAGAUGGGGUGCUGGAAAUGGGCUUCAACAUGAAUCAUGUAGAUGAAUUGCUGGACUUAAGGAAUAAUAUCACGCCGGAUGAAAACCCUCUGGAGAUGGGUUUCAAUAUGGAUUUGGUGCAUGAAAGCCCUCUAGAGAUGGGUUUUGAUGUGGAUCCAGCGCAUGUUGACCCGGAUCGAUCUUUCGCUGUCAUUUGA